AGAAAAUCUGAGUACCCGCUUUGUUAUUGGAAGCUUCUUACCUUGAGGUUUGGAGUGUAUCCUGUAAGCUACCGUACCGGUACAUUGUAGUAUGAUAGUACUCGAGUAGCUCUUAGUUAUAGUGCCCUAACGUCACAAGACGGUCAUAAAGAAAACGCAGCCGGUUUAGACGGAAACUAAAUGAUUUUUUCAAUUAAAUUCAAGAUGUUUUGGGAAAAUGGAAAGGAUAUUGACCAAUCCAAAUGCAGCACCGGCAGUCAAAGCCUUCUGCUGGAACGCUGGAAGACCAAAAGAUAGAAGACCCUUCGAUCACUCAUUCUCGAUCCUUCAACAGAGCCAUCACCGCUCAACACACACAAACACAAUAACAACCGCAAACAAUUAAUUGAAAGAGGAAGUAGUGUGGCUUCUUUACGACUUCCUGCUGCUUGCACGGGGAAGCCAGCUACCGGUAGCUAGCAAGCAUAGGUUUGGCUGAGAAGCAGCUAUAUCUUAAAACGGCGCCCUUGUACAUAGUAUCGCGCCGUGCCAAUCGAGAACCCCCAUCAAUCCCACUGUGGAUCCAUCAGUCAGUUCAGUUGUGCACUAUAGCUAGCUAGCAGCGAAGCCCGAGAAGUCAUCGCCCAUUUUGCAUCAUCAAACUAGCUUAUUAUGAGGAGUCCAUGGGGUGAAUCAAACUACAGGAACGAGAACGAUGAUCGUACCAAUGGAUUCGAUCGAGGAGGUGCCGGUGGAAUGAGCCAUGGGUUGUUGGGAAGUCUUAUCGAGCGUUCGACGUCUGCCCCACCCAUGUCCACGGAUGGUGGCCUCAGUUUUGGAGAUGGACCCAGUGGCUCCCUGUUUGGACGUGAAAGGGGCGAGCGAGAACAGACGACAAUGGCUCCCUUGUAUGAAAAUAGAAGUCGCGAUGACCGAAGUGCUGAGACCACAUUCUUGGCGAGACCACAGGCAGGACGAGCAAGCGCUGGACCCUCUUAUUCGAAACCAGAUCCAUCUUACUCCAAGCCAAAUUUCACUAGCCUUUUACCGGACAACAGUUUGGGCCCCGAGUCGGGUGGAGCUGCUUCGUCAAAGGCAUUGGACAUGGACAAAGCACUCGAUUUUAGUCGAGCUGGAGCAGAGCUGAUUCGAUCUCAGAGUGCAGCCCCCACAUUUCACGGUAGCACGGGUAGGAGCCCGCUUUUCCCACCUCCUGGACUCGCUAACAUCAAGGAGAGCCAACCCACUCCCUCGACUGUGGAUUCGUAUUCCAGUAGUCAUAGCAACAGUACAAACCAGUACGAGAGUGCUGUCGAUCGGGCCGCUGAUAUUAUGAGGUUGGGUCAGCAACGUCCUGCAUCGACUGGAGUGAUUGGAGCGGCAGGCAAUUUGUACCAGUCUCCCAACGAACGUGACAGAAAUGGGCUCCGUCCGCCCCAGACCACUCUGAUGGAUCUCAUUCAGGAAGAUGACGUGCCGGAAUCAGCUCGUGGUGGAGUUGUGCAGCAACACAAUUUUGAUUACCACAACAACAGAGACCACAACAACCGCCACCAACAAAUGCAGGCGGCCCCGGCUAUGCAACGCCCCACGGGGGGAGAACCACAGUAUGUGUAUGCUCAGCAGCAGCAGCAGCAUCCUCCACCCCUGCAGCAACAGCAUCUUCAGCCGCAUCAGCUGCCACCGCAUCAGCAGCACCACAUGCAACCCCAGUACAUGCCUCGCGGAGAAAUUCAUCAUGAGCCUCGUUUGCAGCAGCAGCAACAGCCACCACCACAAAUGAGGAAUGCGAGAGACCCUUACGAAAUUCAGAUCCCAAUGAAUGAUCCCAUGAGGGCUGCCCAACCUCAGUAUGUUACCUUGACGGAGCAUGGUAUGCCUGCGGAACCAAGGGCGCAGAACUCUAUCUAUGCACCUGCGCCUGUCGCACACGGGCAUCAAAUGCAUCGUGCUGCCCCGCAGCCAGAGCCACAGAGGCAAAUCUAUUACGAAGGUCAGCCGCAACAGGUUGUGCAGCAGACUCCUGUCAUCACUCAGAGUGGUCAAACCGUGUACUUGAAUGCACCCAUGAAUGCACCCCCGGCCCCUUACGGUUAUGCCACCGUUCAGUACCAUCCUCAUCAGCAGCCGCAGAUCAUUCGCCAGACUGUGCCGGGACGUGGACAUCCCCACGAGCAGUACGUUCAGGUGGUACCCAUUCAAGGUGGACCUGCUCAGCUGGCAAGCAUCGCUGGAUCAGGCCAAACCUAUGCCUACUGGCAGCCCGACGGCGGUGGUGGCCCAAUUGCUGUUCCACAGGUAACUAUUAUGAAUGCGGCUGGUCCCGGUGGAGGUCCCAUUGCAGUAGCGAGGAUCGGGAACCCCAACAUGGACUCGCCUCAUUCCAACAAUGGAUAUGGAGGCGGACGAGGAAAGAAGGAGGGCCGAAAAGGAGGCAGGAAUGGCGGCACCCCCUCGUCUCGUCGCGGCGGCGAUUCCAAGCACUCGCCCCAUUCCAUGUCCAGCCCACUUUUGGAGGAGUUUCGAGCAACCAAGAGUCGCGAUUGGACAAUUCGCGACAUCGAAGGCCACGUGGUUGAAUUCUGUCAAGAUCAGAAUGGCUCGCGCUUUAUCCAGCAGAGGCUUGAGAUUGGUGACGCAACAGAACAAAAACUUGUUAUGAACGAGGUUCUUCCUGCCAUUCAUCGUCUCCGAAACGAUGUAUUUGGAAACUAUGUGGUCCAAAAGCUGCUCGAGUUUGGAACCAUGCCGAUGAAAUCGGAUAUCCGUGACAGCCUCCAGGGUGAAAUGCUUCAGUUGUCCUUGCAGAUGUAUGGAUGCCGAGUUGUACAAAAGGCUUUGGAGGCUCUAGACGAGGACGACCUUCCACGUUUGCUCAGGGAGUUCCAUCACAAUGUUCUUAGUUGUAUUCAUGACCAGAACGGAAACCAUGUCAUCCAGAAGUGCAUCGAAGUCAUGAGCAACAAGGCCAAGAGGGCUCGCGAAAUCGGCGAAGACGCCAAGGCUGAUUUCUUGAGUGAACAGAUUGACUUCGUUGUGGACGAUGUGUUGGGAAACACGGCAUCGCUCUCCUGCCACCCUUAUGGCUGUCGUGUUCUUCAGCGCAUACUCGAGCACUGCGUCGAGUCGAAGAAGACUGCCGCCUUGGACGAAAUCAGCAGGUGUCACAAGACACUUCUGGAUGACCAGUACGGAAAUUACGUCAUUCAGCAUGUGUUGCAGUUUGGGCGCCAGGAGGAUAGGGAGUCGAUUUUGCACAUUGUGGUCGAGAAUGGUUUGCUAAGCCUUUCGAAGCAAAAGUUUGCCAGCAACGUUGUAGAAAAGUUGCUGAAGUAUGGCACACCAGACCAGAGGAGGGCUGUUGUUCGAGAAAUGUUGAAGGUUGUCGAUGACAAAACAGGCGCCGUCAAGCCUUCUGGUGCGGUUGGCGCAAGCGUGGUGCUGUUGAUGGUCAGGGAUGCGUAUGCCAACUACGUUGUACAAACAACGCUUGAUGUUGUCCCGGAAUGCGAGGAGAGAAAGUUGCUUUUGGAAGAAUUGAAUGCCCAUGCGGCCGAAUUGCGCAACUACACCUUUGCGAAACAUAUUAUGACCAAACUUUCCAGUCCAUGAUUUUGAUUGCUGCCUGAACGAUUGAAGCACAAGAUACUGAUGUCAUUCUCUGGCCAAACAAAAACACAAACAAUACCAACAUCAGAAUCAACAAGCUGUCCAUUCAAUCCAACCAAAAUUCAUCCAAUACUACACGUUUUGUGCCCUUGACUGAAACGACGAGCACUACGCUAACAAACAAUCAGAAGAGAAUGAAGUGUUGAGUCCGAAAAUGAGUCCGAUGGAGGAUGCUUCAAAAGUAUAUAUAGUGUGUAAAGACCACUUUCGCGUUAAAUAAUGUAAAAACUUAUACUAAGACACAACGACAGAGAUGUCUUAACCCACCCGGCCUUGGACUACGUUUUGAUUUCGUUCUCACAUUCCUUGCCCCUCUCCCUCCGCCGUCUUCUUUGCUUCCUUUAUUAGUCGUUGCCUCUGGGGGUGUUCGAGUCUCCCCUCUUGUAUAAGCCAGGGCUGGCUCCAAGGGCUUGUGUUGGCUUGGCAGAGUGGCACCGGCAUAGCCGAUUCUGGUGGGAUGUUAUCGCGACGAAAUGAACCUGGCAGCGCCGUCAUUGUGACAAUUUCACGAGGGCAAAUGUUGGUUCCAGCACGGGCGACUGCCACUCGGAAGACCCUGACGCUUCAUCCUACAGUACCAGUACGGUACAGGAAACGAAAGACAUCCUCACCUCUAUGCAUAGAAGAGGAUGUCCAAUACCUACCGUACCGUAUGAGCUGUGGGCCUGAACGAUCAGGCCGGUCCACCCACUGCACGUUAGAUAGUUAUACCAUAUCACUUCACUAUUG